CAGCCUCUGUUUGGAUUGUGAACAAACAGGGACAUUGUGGCGACUUUCCUUUCCUUUCCCUCCCUUCCUUUUCCUUUCUUUCUAAAACUACGAUUCCUUCCUCUUUGCGGCCAGUUCCACUUUCACAUUCAUCUUUUCUCUCCUUCCCAGGUAAGGGAAAUGGCUAAUAAAUCGAAGAAGACUAAUGUGGCUAAGAGGGAUGUGUUCAAAUGGACCGAACGUAUGGAUGAUGCCUUCAUUGAUGCACUUGUUUAUCAACAAAAGUUGGGAAACAGGGUUGAUAAUGUUUUCACAACAGCAGCAUAUGAUAAUAUGUUAAAGGAAUUGCGUGAAAAGAUUGGCAUGCCAUUUCAGAAAGAUCACCUUAAGAAUCGCUUGAAAAGCCUUAAAAACAAUUUUAAGGAAUGCUUUGACCUUUUUAGUGGUGUGAGUGGUUUUGCAUGGAGUCCAGAAACAAAAAUGUUUAGUGGAAAGCCCGAAGCUUGGAAAGCAUUUGUAAAGGCAAAACCUGAGGCAAAAAAGUGGAUGACCACACAAAUUGCCCAUUAUGAUAAAUUGGUAUUACUUUUUGCUAAAGAGAGGACAAAAUCCAAUGGUGAUAAUAAUGCAAAGCAGAAAGCAGGUCAAUUGGCUACGUCUGGAAGUGGCCGCUAUUUUGAUGGCAAUGAUAAGCAGAAUGAAGUUACACUUCAUCUUGAUCUGGAGGAUUUAAAUGAGAUUAAUGAUGGUACAAGUCAACUUGCAACUCCUGUCGAAGCAAAUUCUCAGUCAGAUUCUCAAGCUCAUUCAGAGUCUGCAACUUCACUGAAAGGCAAAAAAAGAAUGGCCCCAAGAGUUGAUAUGUUUGAGAGAGAGUUUAAAAACAUAAGGGAAGCAAUUAAAGAUGUUGCGGAUGCAAUUAGGGAGGGUAACAUAAUCGUAGAGAGAGGACGCCCUCAUGUUUACACAGAGCAGGAAGUGUUUGCAGAAUUGGUGAAGAUAGGAGUUGAAAGGCAUCUGCGUUAUAAGGCAUACACUUUCCUCAUUGCAAAUGCUGGGAGGGUAAGGGCAUUCUUUGGUUGUCCAGCUGGGGAACGAAAGGAGUUUUUGCUACAGAUGAUGUAUAGUCCUGAAGAAUCUUGACAAGUUUACCUUGUGGGUCCACUAGACAAGUUAAGAACUCCAUGCUUGUGGUGUUGCUUCAAGAGUUUUUAGCGCAAGUAGUUACAUUCAGUAGAUUUUUUGGGGGGUUGUGUUUUAGUUAUGGUUGGAGAUAGGAGAAGUAUCCUUAACUUGGGCUUGUAUAUAAUCAGUGGUAAUUGAUAAUUGCAUCACCAAUUCUUUGGAUGCUUAGUGCCCGAAGUUCAUUAGUUGUAUUAUAAUUUUUGUGUA